CAGCGACAUUAUGUCGCUUAUUUUGCGUGUUGUCAUCGAAACUACAACUGGCGAACUGAAAGGAAUCGGACAUCGCAGGCUGCUCUCGAUGUUAACCACUACGUGUCGCAUGUGGGGCAGUAUAUUGCUUCCGAUGAUCCGCCAAGCACUUGUUACUGACUACAGUUAUUACGAUCCAUCGCACUCAAACACCUGCCAGUUCCUGGGUGCAGAGGGGUUUUGUGACUGGCCUCAGACCUUUGUACUGGGUGGCUGGAUAAAUGAAUAUCCCAUUCUCAAUUUGC